AUGAGUCGGGAAUUCCUCACAUACGCCAGCAUCGCAGUCUCGGCGUUCAUCGCGUACAAUGUCGUAUCCAUUACUCGCCAGUACCUGCGGCUGCGGCACAUCAAGGGGCCACCGAGCGCCGGGUUCUCGAAAUGGUGGCUCGUUCGCGCCGUUGGCGGCGGUAGGACGCACCUCGACUUUUAUGAGGCGUGCGAGAAAUAUGGGUCAAUAGUUCGUGUCGGGCCGAAUGAUCUCAUCACGAGCGAUCCGGAUCUCAUGAAGCGCAUGCUUAAUGUGCGGACGACGUACAAGCGAUCUAAUUGGUAUGAUGGGAUGCGACUGAAGCCUGGCCAAGACAAUGUCUUGUCUACGCGAGAUGAUGAGCUGCAUAACAAGCUCCGGUCAAAGAUGGCCGCAGGUUACUCUGGCAAAGAAGUGGAAGACCUCGAGGCCAAAAUUGACCAGAAUGUCCUGCGUCUCGUGGGCUUGCUUGAAAAAUAUGCUUCCCACGAUGAAGCUUUUGACUUUGGAGCCAAGGCGCAAUACUUCACCCUCGAUGUCAUCUCAGACCUGGCUUUCGGUGAGCCAUUCGGAGACUUGGCAACCGAUUCGGAUGUCCACGAGUACAUCAAGACCAUGGAGCAAAACAUGCCCACGAUCCUCGUGACGAGCGUCCUGCCAUGGCUUCUCGCGCUUCUCUCUUCGCCUCUUUUCAGGAGUAUGAUGCCGUCCGAAAAGGAUGCCAUUGGUGUGGGGAAGACGAUGGGUAUCGCCAAGAAAGUUGCAUCAGAGCGUUUCGGACCAAACAAGAAGGUGCAAAAGGACAUGCUCGGAUCGUUUGUCGCGCGAGGACUCACACAAGCUGAGGCCGAGUCGGAGAUUCUCAUGCAAUUAUUGGCCGGCUCCGAUACUACCGCGACUGCCAUUCGGGCAACCAUUCUUCACAUCAUCACAAAUCCUCAAGUCACCGCUUCCCUGCGCGCCGAAAUCGACGCCGCUAAGCUCUCGUGGCCCGUCGUCUCCGAUGCAGAGGCCCGUGAGAUGCCAUAUCUGCAGGCCGUCAUCAAGGAAGGUCUUCGCAUCUUCCCCCCCGUCACUGGGCAGAUGUCAAAGGAGGUCUCCAACGGGGGCGCCGGCGAUGACUUCAAGGGCGUCCAUCUCCCCGAAGGUACCCGAAUCGGGUACUGUGCGUGGGGGAUCUUCCGCAGGCAGGACAUCUGGGGCCAAGACUCCCACGUCUUUCGGCCAGAACGCUGGCUCGAUGCCGACACGGAGCAGCUGCGUUUGAUGGAGGGUACGCUGGAAAUCGUAUUUGGGUACGGCCGCUGGCAGUGCUUGGGGCGGAAUGUGGCCUUGAUGGAGCUGAACAAGGUUUUUGUUGAGCUCCUGAGAAGGUUUGAUCUUAUUCUAGUCGAUCCCACAAAUCCAUGGCACUCCGUCUGUAGCGGUGUCUUCUUACAAUCCCAAUAUUGGAUACGCGGAUAUACAAGACAAUCACCGAGUAAGAAUCUCGCAUCCUGA